AUGAAGUGGAAACUAUCUGUUGUUAUAACUCUUCAGGAAACAGGUGAGUGGAACAGAGAAGAAUCAACGGUAGCUGUUCCUUCAGGAGAGAAAACAGGAAAUAUGCAAUUUCAAGGAUCUCCAGUAUCCCCUCAUAGACCGGCUCAUGAAGAGUACUUAGAAGAAGUUGUCCAUCAACAACCAGUUGGCCAGCCUUUUGAUUUUCAUGCACAUAAUGUCCGAGUAGACGAUAGAGAUGAUGCCGAAGCUGAGACAGAACCCGAAGUUGAAGCAGAAGCUGGAGUGGAUGAUACAAAGGAUCUGGCUGAAGCUGAUCAAUCGGCUGGACAGUUGGGAAUGGCAGUGGAUCAGUUUCAACAACAAGAUCCCGUCUUUUCUGGUUCUUUGAAUGUAGAAAGAUUGAGUGAUGAUGUUGAUGACAGAAUUGAGGAAGUAGAAGGUGCCGUAGGAAAUGCAGAAGUAGAUAUUACCGAAGACGACGUUGUUGAUGAAGUGGCAGUCUUGGAAGAACAUGCUAAGUUUCAUCUUUGUUAAUGUCACAGUCUGUUU